AUGGAUGCCAAUCGAGUUCACCUCUUUAUCCCAACCGCAAAAGAGACCGCCCGCUGUCCGCAAAAAGCGGACGCACUGGGUCCACCCUCGGGGACACCUCAGUGUGCGGAGGACUUUGUGGCCCUUGUGUACGCCAUCUCGCGGCGUGGGGUCCAGCUGCGAGAUACCAAGGCACGGGCCUACUUUUUCCGUGUCCAACAGGCCCUGCUAUUUACCUUCCUGUCUGAUCUGUCCGACCGCCUGCCGUGGCUGCGUGGCGAAAAAACCAAGUGGGAAACCGCCUCCUCUGCCAAAAGCAAUGAGUCCAAGGGCACCAGCGACCCCGCUGUCUGGACAGCAGUCCUCAACGCUCUGUUCUUCGUCUGCGAGACAAUGCAGGAUUGGACUAAUGACCAGGUAACUCACUCUGCUUCCGCUCCUUCCUGCUCCGUUUUUUCACAACCACACUACCUUAGGCUGGCUCGUAGUGGGCUCCGGAACAGGAAAUGA